AUGUCAGAUCGCGAGUUCGGUGGCAACGACGACCUGUCGCUGCCCAAGGCAACGGUGCAGAAGAUUGUCACCGAGAUCCUGCAGUCCGAGCCGGGCAUGACUUUUGCGAAAGACUCGCGCGACCUGCUCAUCGAGUGCUGCGUUGAGUUCAUCACGCUCAUAUCCUCUGAGGCCAACGAAAUUGCAGAAAAGGAUGCAAAGAAGACGAUCGCAUGCGAGCACGUGAAGCAGGCGCUGGAAGAGCUAGACUUCCACGACUACGUUCCGGCUAUCCUUGAGGUUGCGGCGGAUUACAAAAAGCAGCAACAGAAUCGCGAGAAAAAACAAACAAAGAUCGAGCAGAGCGGCAUGACCGAGGAGGAGCUUAUUCGCGCGCAAGAGGAACUAUUCCGCAACGCAACAAACAAAUUCAACUCGGAGCCUACUUCUUGA